AUGAAAAAUCAAACUAGAGGCGUCGAUUAUCUUGAUGUGAUAACUAAUUUUCUUGACGACAAUGAUAUUGAUAUUGAAAAAUUGGUUUGUGUGUGCACCGAUGGAUGUCCAUCGAUGACCGGGUGUGAAAAGGGAUUUAUUUCUCUGUUGAAAAAAAAAUAUAAUUUAACAAAUAUCUUGUCAUUUCAUUGCAUUAUUCACCAAGAAAACUUGGCAGCACGCGUCUCUAUUCCAGAAGUGGAUUUAGUGAUGAAAAACGUAAUAAAUAUUAUUGAAUUAAAAAAUGAUACAAAUCUCGAAGCUAUUUUCAAAGAGAAGAGAGAACAAAAAGAAUACAUAGAAUUUUGGAAUUUAGUGCCAGGAAAAUACAAAACCCUACAAAAAUGUGCCCACUUUUUGAUGACAAUGUUCACAUCAACAUAUCUAUGUGAAACUUCAUAUUCAAAAAUGAAAUAUGCAAAGAAUGUGUACAGAAAUCGGCUUACUGAUUCACAUCUUGACGACUUGUUAAGAGUAGCAUGCAGCAACUACAAACCAGAUAUGUCCAAAAUAGUGAAAAAACUAUCUCAAUUUCAAAAUUCACACUAA